UUUUCAAUGAAAUUAAUUAUUUUACAGCCGAAAAAUAAGAAAACACGUAAAGUUGUGAUGCAGAGAUUUGCUAAGAUGAAGAGGAUGAUUAGUUUAAGUGAUUCGCGAAUAAAGCCAGAAAGACGAUUGCCAUCCAAAAAAACUCCAAAAGAAGAUCAGAGUAAGAUAAAAAUUACAGAAACGCCACAACAAUCUUCAGCAUUAUUUUUUCAAUAUAACACACAACUCGGGCCACCAUAUCAUAUUUUAGUUGACACAAACUUUAUUAACUUUUCCAUUAAAAAUAAAUUGGAUAUUGUACAAAAUAUGAUGGAAUGUCUCUGUGCAAAAUGUACACCAUAUAUAACAGAUUGUGUGAUGGGUGAAUUGGAGAAGCUUGGACAAAAGUAUAAAUUGGCAUUGAGAAUCAUCAAAGAUCCACGAUUUGAAAGGUUAAAAUGCCUGCAUAAAGGAACCUAUGCAGAUGACUGUCUCGUAAACAGAGUGACGCAACACAAGUGUUAUAUUGUUGCGACUAAUGAUAAAGAUUUGAAACAAAGGAUACGAAAGAUACCAGGUGUGCCAAUAAUGUAUGUAUCUCAACACAGGUACACGAUAGAACGAAUGCCAGACGCUUAUGGUGCGCCUAAAAUAUAACUUAGCUUAUUAAGAUAGGUGGAGAAACAAAUAAAAUUUAUACUGAGAGAAGAGAGUGAUUUCUUCUGCAAAAAUAAUGUUCAAUUCGUAUGUAUAUAUAUAUAAGUUUAUAUAAAAUAUACAAGAUAAAUCCAUACGUGCAACAGUA